AUGAACAGAAUAUUCGGAAGUAACAAAGCGAAACCCAAACCAUCCUUGAACGAUGCCAUACAAUCUACCGACACUCGUAUGGGCUCGGUAGAAGUCAAGAUAAAGAAAUUAGAUGCCGAGUUGGGUGUGUUCAAAGGUCAAAUGGCCAAGAUGAGAGAAGGUCCCGGAAAGGCAGCGGUACAACAACGUGCAUUGAGAGUGUUGAAGCAAAAGAGAAUGUACGAGAAUCAGCUGCUUCAAUUACAACAACAGUCAUAUAAUAUGGAACAGGCAGCUAUGACUACGGAAAAUUUGAAGAAUACCAUGGCUACGGUAGAUGCUAUGAAAGUAGCUAACAAAGAAAUGAAGAAGCAAUAUAAAGGUAUUGAUAUAGAUAAGAUUGAGAGCAUUCACUACGAUAUGGAAGAUCUGAUCGAACAAGCCAACGAUAUUCAGGAAUCUUUAGGUAGAAGUUAUGGUGUACCGGAUGAAGUUGAUGAAGCGGAUUUACAAGCUGAGCUCGACGCAUUGGGGUUAGACGAUGAGCCUAUAGGAGAGAACGAGACGCCGUCUUACUUACAGGAUUCGACAGCUUUGCCUGAUUUCGUAGACUCUGCUCCGAUCGAGGAACUGGGUCAAACCAAUACUCCUACGGCCGAAGUCGCUAGAUAG